UCAUCAAGAGGGAGGACGGAUUUGCGACACGGAUGGAUUCAGAUCUUCAGUGUAAAGCCCUGUAUGGGGUGUGUAUGUGCGCGCGCGUUUGUUUUCCUGGAAUUAAGUGAAGUUGUGUGUUCGGUCAUUCAUGUCAUGCAGCUCAACUUUUAAUUUUAGAAUACUACGAGAUGUCACAAUAAUCAUGAAUGAUUUGAUGCACUUUUGCCUCUCCAUUUUCCACACACUGUGAGAUAUAAAAGGGAUCCUGGAUGGACCUGGGUGAUAACAGCUGGUCCAUGGUCAAGCGCGAAGUGUCCAGCAGCAGCAGCCCAGGGUCUCCGGCUGAGCAGAGCUACCUGAACACUGACCGGAGGGACCGGCUGAGAUCCCCGACGCCGACGCACCUGGACACGGUGGGAACCCGUCGCGCCGAGGCCAGGCCCCUACACUCCUACGUUCACUUUGGACAUCCCAACAACGCCCUGCCCAAUUCUGACGACGUUACACUCUUCACGGAUUUAGACCAGGGCAACAAACUCAUCAUCUCAGGUGGACACACCAGGGAGACGCAUAAGGGAGGCCUAAUUGUGGACCCUACCGACAUGUAUCAGACACUGGCCAUCGCCGCGGCCCAGAGUCAGGCCGGUUAUACCGACUCUCCAUCGGCCAGUUACAUGCACUCCAACCCUAAUUCUCCCGUUUAUGUGCCGACGUCUCGCGUUGGAACGAUGAUACCGAGUUUGUCCUACCUACAAUCCGGGGUGUCUUCCCAGCCGAGCCACGCGGUAAGCAGUCAUUCGGUUUGGUCACAGUCCGCACCGGAGAGCCCGUCCUACAGCACUGGAAGCCCGCAUACCUCCAACCGUUUCCACUACUCCCCUAGUCCGCCUAUGAAUAACGGCACAUCGAGGGAUAACAACUACACUAACCCUCUGAAUGUAAACGCUCGAGAGCAGUACCUUUCACGACCAAUAAGUGGAUCUUACACAAGCCCGUACCCUCCUUAUGUGGCCCCGCAGCUCUCACAGUUACCGGCGGCGUGGCCCGCGGGGCCCUUCGAGAACUCCAUGCUGCACUCCCUGCAGUCAAGAAGCGCGCCGCUGUCCAUCCGGGGGCCCAACGGGGAUUUGCUGGACGACAUGAUGGAGAGCCGGGAGUGCGUCAACUGCGGCUCCAUUUCCACCCCGCUGUGGAGACGCGACGGCACGGGUCACUUUCUCUGCAACGCCUGCGGUCUCUACAGCAAAAUGAAUGGACUCAGCCGACCAUUAAUUAAACCUCAGAAGCGUAUGUCUUCUUCGAGGCGGAUCGGCCUGUCAUGCGCAAACUGCCAGACGAGCACGACGACACUGUGGCGCAGAAACGCGGACGGCGAGCCCGUGUGCAACGCCUGCGGACUUUACACAAAGUUACAUGGGGUGCCUAGACCCCUUGCCAUGAAGAAAGAAGGCAUUCAGACAAGGAAAAGAAAACCUAAAACCCUGAGCAAAACAAAGGGAUCGUCUGGAAGUAGUUCUGUUCCCAUGACUCCAACAUCUUCAUCGUCUUCUAAUUCAGAGGAGUGCACUAAGAACAGUCCUUCAUCUACGCAGGUGCCUGUAACAUCAGUCAACUCUUCGACGCUGCUGGGCCAAGUCGAUGUCCAAUGCACGACCGGCUCCAUGGUGAAGUACCCCGGCCAGGAGAGCCUGUACACGAAUGUAGGCCUGACGUCCACAGCUGACGUGGCAACCUCCGUGAGAGGGGACACUUGGUGCCCCAUGGCCUUGGCCUAAACCCUGGCAUUAUGGGACGGGAGCCAUUUGCUGUCCUUCAGCUCUCUAGAACAUCGCUUUCGGCGUUGUACUUAAAAUCUGGCAGGGUGUGGGGGUUGUCAUCUGUUUUCGGUCUGUGUUCAUGAUCUUGAGCAGAGGCCUUAUCUGUUCCAAAUACUCCAGUUUUUGAUUCACCCCGUGGAAUACUGGACGUCCAUGAUGGAGAUUAUCUAUGAGGACAACACUUGAGAGAGAGAGAGAGAGUCGUCUUUAACAUGCCUUUGGUACUUUCAGAGCACACCCUGCACCGUGAAUGUUGCUUGGAGGAGUAAGUGGAUCAAAAAUCAUUUUCUUUUUUUAAAAGUAGAUUUGUACAUAUUAAUGCCAACGGAUACUUCGCCCAUCUGGAAAGACAAGGUUGUUGGUUGGAUUGUGGUGAUCUGAUGAAAGAGAGAGAGAGAGAGAAAAGGUUGAUCUUUCUGAAACUGGAAUUGAAGAUUAAGUGUCAAGGUGUUCUUAUUGACAAAUGCCAACAUAUUUAUGAAGCUACCGUUGUUCAAAUAAUGCAUAUAUUUGUCAAUAAAGAUAAUGUCAAAUAGA